AUGGGAUGUCUGGGAGGGCAGACGGAGGAAGAACGACUGGAUGAGAAAGCGAAGCGAGAAGCCAACAAGAAGAUCGAGAGACAACUUCAGAAAGAGAGACAAGCGUACAAAGCUACACACAGACUGUUACUGCUGGGUGCAGGGGAAUCAGGUAAGAGUACGAUAGUGAAGCAGAUGAAGAUUCUUCAUGUGGACGGUUUCAACGCUGAAGAGAAGCAGGAGAAAAGAGACGACAUCAGGAAGAACGUGAAGGACGCCAUGGUGACCAUUGUGUCGGCCAUGAGUACGUUGACUCCGCCCGUGCCGCUCGGUAACCCCAGCAACCAGUUUAGGAUCGAUUACAUCAAGAACAUUGCACCUCUGUCUGACUUUGAAUACACAGAGGAGUUCUUCGAGCACGCUCAGAAGCUUUGGGAGGACGACGGCGUGAAGGCUUGCUUUGAACGCUCCAACGAAUAUCAGCUGAUAGACUGCGCUCAGUACUUCCUGGACAAGCUGGACUCAGUCAGGAGGACGGACUACACACCGACUGAUCAGGAUCUGCUGCGCUGCAGGGUGCUGACCUCGGGGAUCUUUGAGACUCGCUUCCAGGUGGACAAAGUCAACUUCCACAUGUUUGACGUGGGCGGGCAGAGAGACGAGCGCAGGAAGUGGAUUCAGUGUUUUAAUGAUGUGACGGCCAUCAUCUUCGUGGCGGCGAGCAGCAGCUACAACAUGGUGAUCCGAGAGGACAACUCCACCAAUCGGCUGCGAGAGUCGCUCGACCUCUUCAGAUCCAUCUGGACCAAUAGGUUUCUGAAGACCAUCUCCGUGAUCCUCUUCCUGAACAAGCAGGACGUCCUCGCCGAUAAAAUCUUGGCGGGAAAAUCGAAGCUGGAGGAUUACUUCCCCGAAUACACGAACUACACAGUUCCUGCUGACGGUGUCCCGGACCCUGAUGAGGACCCCAGAGUAACCAGAGCAAAGUUCUUCAUCAGAGACGAGUUCCUGAGGAUCAGCACAGCGAGUGGAGACGGGAAGCAUUACUGUUAUCCUCACUUCACGUGCGCCGUGGACACUGAGAACAUUCGCCGCGUCUUCAACGACUGUCGUGACAUCAUCCAGCGCAUGCACCUGCGCCAGUACGAGCUGCUCUGA